AUGAUAGGCACUUCUUCCCUCCCCCCUCCAAGCACCGCUCCACCGACCGGUACGCAGGGCAGGGCUGUACGGACGGACAUGCACUUGGCGCACACACACAUGCAAUGCACGGAUGUCUUUGGUCGGUUGGCUGCUUCAGGUUGCGGGAAGGCCGCUGUGUGUGGUGUGGUGUGUUUGCUGCCCCGCCCGGCAUGUUUGUUCAUUCAGGUACACACACGCGAACACUCACAGAUGUGCACACGUGACAGACACAUGUGGUCGACCUCUCUGAGCUCCUUGUCUGUCUGUCUGUCUGCCUGUUGUCCUUCUGCAGGCCGGCUGCAGUCAGCCGCCGCCCAUUCACUCAUCCAUCCAUCUACGGCUCCCCGCUUCUUGCCUGGGAGGAGGAAGGUACGAGACCUACACACACACACACAUACACGGCGGAGGUCAUCUCUCAUCUCUUGUUGUGCUCUCAUGGCUGUCACGUGUGUGUGUGCAGGUGGGAGUGGUUGUGUCAGGCCGCGGGAGUGCCGUCUCCGCGCUGUAGAUGCCGGGCCGCAUGCCAGCAAUGCGCCUGUGGGCCUUAGUCACUCGGCGAUUGACGGGCGAGGCCAUCCGGCAGACCCGUUGGUGACAGCAGCCCACACAGGAAGGCCAGCUCUACUACGAGCGAGACACCCCGCAGCCGCCCCACCUUCCCUCCCCAGCCACUGCACCAUUCGGCCUCCGACCGGCGGCAUCAGUGCAGACCGACCGCGCCCCUCCCUCUCCGCACCCCACUCCGUGUCAUGACAAGGCGGCUGUCGGCCACGAUGUGAGGGAGGCGGUGUCCGACAAGCCUGUCCUGCGGUGCGUCUGCUUCGACUGGUAAGUGGGUGACCCGGGCAGGUGUGCAGCGGUGUAUGCACGUGCCACCGCAAUGGUUGUUGCGUGUGCUGUGCACCACUAGGGAUGGCACUGUGGUCAAUUCGGUGACGUCGAUCAUCCGGUGGUGCUGGGUGAGGGCCGUCAAGGAGGCCAAGAAGACCGCUCGCGACAACAAGAGGAGACGGCAGGCGGCUGAUGGUUCUGGUGAUUGUGACGAUGACAUGACUCUGAUCCGCCGAUGA